AUGGCACCGAAUCUGGAAGCAAGGCACGUUGAAGUGGUAGCUAGCGAGGACCUUUAUGCCGAUGACACCCGGGAGACCCUUGGAUCUGGGAACAUCUUCUCUCUGAAGUGGACUGUCGGUGAUCCUUGGUGGCAGCGCUCAAGUUAUGCCGGUGCCCUUUUCUUCAACACGGGUGCAUUCAUCCUGCCCGCCCUCUACAACACCCUCGUCAAGAUAUGGAUUGCUAAUAUCAACUCUUCCUUGGUCGCCACAACCGACAUUUACACAUAUAUCGGAACUGUUGCAGAGGUGCUAAACGAGGGCCUUCCACGGGCAGUAUGGGUUACCAUCGCAGAUAAGGAAGCCCGGUCGUUCAAAGAACGAGUAGGACUGGCGUAUACCUUGGUAGUCUUCCAAUCGUUACUUGGGUCGAUCAUGAGCAUUGCAUUUGCGGCGGCUGCAAAGCAAUUCGCAGACGCAUUUGUUCCCCACGAUAUUCGCGAGGCUAGCAUAACAUAUGUUCGGAUCAGCGCCUUUUCAGCACUUAGCUCCGCCAUUGAGGUCGCGGUAUCCAACGCAACUCGCGCUCUUGACAAACCCGAUGUCCCACUCGUUCUCAGUUCUAUCAAGUUUACAGUGAAUAUUGUCUUGGACUUUUUGUUUAUAUCGAAGUUUCACGUCGGGGGCUGGGUUCCGAAUGUCAACAUGCAAGCUGCCAUUCGUCUGAGCUGUGACCUCAUUGCUGCCGCCGCUGGGUUAUGUUACUUUUUCUUCACGACUAGUAUUAGAAGUCGACAAGGUAUCCGUCAGGGUAGUGAAUUACCAACGUUGAGCGCGUUUGUUGUUCUGCUCAAACCUGGAUCCAUCACGUUUCUUGAAUCUGCAAUUAGAAAUGCACUAUACCUGUGGCUUGUCCACGGGGUAGUCGCAAUGUCAACGGAGUAUGCUACGGCAUGGGGGGUGUUCACGACAAUUCGAUGGGGACUAGUGAUGGUACCGGUUCAGGCAUUGGAGGCGACUACCCUGACAUUUUCAUGGUUCAGCCUCUACAGAGUCGUUCGACCAGCAGCCCUAUCGGUAGCAAUAGCCGUGACGAUCGAGAUCCCACUACUUAUAUUCAUGGCCUUAUUCGGUUGCGAGAGGUUCGCCUUCUUCUUGAGCCAGAGUGACGAUGUAUCCGGGAUCGUCGCGCACAUGUGGCGUACCAUCGACUGGUGUUACGUCCUGUACGCAGUAUCAACCCAGCUGGCCGCACUCCUACUAGCAACGCGUACAUCCUUGUACCUGGCACAAUCUCUCAUCUCGAACCUAUUCUACGUGCUACCUUGGGCGAUCGUUUGCCAGGUAGCGGAUCUGAGCCCGGAUAACGCAUGGACAUAUCACAGUAUUGUCUUCGGUGGAAGUUUGGUGUUUUCGUUUGGAGAGAUCCUCAUCAUUGAUGUAAUCUGGGCGAUGAGGUUUUUGCGUGGGCAGCUCUCGACAAGGACCGUUUGA